UCUCGUGGGGGCAGUCGCGUGCCGACGCCUGUGAUGGGAACACCGCGCUGCGUAACGGUCCCUUUUUGUGGACAGCACUGUACUAUUAAAUGAAUAUAAGGUAACCUCUUCGUUUUGUAGUCAGCGAAAGAAAUGCAGCUACUACUACUGCUAUCCAUAUCUAAGUGUCUUGAGCGUGCACGUUUCAAACGAAAAGCAAUAAAUUGGCUAGCAGAGAGAAAGAAAGUCUCGAUUGAUUCAAAGAUCGAUCAAGAAUUUUUCGAACGUUGACGCUCCCAUCGGAUAAUUUCUCGAUGAGAAGAAUGAAAUUCGUCGAACAGCAUCAAUCGUCCUGGACCUUUUGCCAUUUUCAAAGUGCGCAAGUUCUGUUAGCCGUAAGAGCGGUAUUCGCAACGAUGGACGAUAGCCGUCAUGUAAUAUCGCGAAUAGUUUAGACGAAGAGCGAGGAGUUGGCAAAUUUAAUCGAAAGUACGUAGAGUGUUCGCGCAUUUGGCCAGCAUUUUAUGCGAUCCGGGAGUCCGUAAGGAUCACCGUGUCCGUCGUCGACUCUCCAUUCGAUUGGAAUAUGGGAUUUGGUGUCACAACGCGCCAAGGAAGUAGUCCGCCGCUUCGUGAAUUAGUAAUCAGGAUGUGUGCUGCGACUGACGAACACAUUUUUCGUGUAUACGACCGUCACAUACCUUGGCCCAGUUGCCUGGACCAUCCGGUACCUGUUGAAGAAGCGGCAGAGAAAGGCGAGGAAGAGUGAUAGUGAAGAAGAGAGGAAGAUAGCAGAAGGAAAGAAAAGAAAGAACGGAUGAAAUUAAAAGAAAGAAAGGCGAUGACGAGAUGAAAAAUUGAAAGAGAAAGUAAAAAGGAGAAACAGAGAAAUAGAGGAUGCAACAGGUGAGAGCUGUUAUUAAUGAUCGUGUAAUGGAAGAAGAACAAAGAGAUAGAAUGAUAGAAAUUCUCUGUAAAAAAAAGGACUAGAAAUUGAGAGUAACGAAGAGGUAAGAACCGUCGUAGGGAACAAGAGUAGGAUAAAAGCGAUUCUCUGUAAUUUCUUCUAACAUGUACAAUUUUUUAGAAAUUUGAUUUUUAAAAAAAGUACAUCGAUUGGAGAUGGUAAAAGCUAACAUGCGUGAAUUGUUCCACGCUGGAAUCCUUGACUGUGUCAUUCGCCCCAAGAAUGUCAUUCAUUAUUCAUUGAAUGAGCGAGAAUGUAUUGCCCCCGAAUUGUGUGCUUGUACGGUCUUAUUGAAAAUUCAAAUUCGCAAUACUUUCAGAUACAAAAAUACACGUGUUAUAGCUAUUCAGAUUUUUUUGUACAGUUACAACCAGUAGAAUCACCCAGCGUAGUUCGAAUAAUAAAAAAGUAAAUUGAUUUUAGGGUGGUUGUAUCACAAGCGGCUUGGUACCAACCGCGCCAAAAUAGAAAUAUUUGAAUUUAAAAUUAUAACAUUUAAUAUGUACAGUAUGGAAAAGAAUUUACUGGAUAAGCAUUUUUAAUUAUAACUGGAGAACGCUAUUUAUAACUUUCUUCAAACCAGAGGAUUAUAGAUAAUAUUAAUUCUAUUAUAAAAUUUAAGUUUUAGUAUGAAAUUAAUGUUAUCUACAAUAAAUAAGUAAACAAAGUACAAUUUUCUUAUCAUAUAAAUAUAAAUACAAUCGCUUUUAUUUUUAAAUACUUAAGUUGGUCUGUAAUUUACUGUUGCUAACUGCGCAUCCACGCAUCGAGAGAAUUAUAUUCUAGGAUUCAAGGAUAAAGGAAAUUCCAGAGUUUUAAAUAUAUUUAUUACAACUACAAUGGCACAGUCAUGUACAUCUCCAGCUUGUACAAACAAUAUGCAUGAAAAUCUCUCUGUUUCUUGCAAUGACUUUACAACAGAUUUUUAUAAAGAAUUAUCUGCCACUAAUGAUAAAAAUAUUGUUAGUUCACCUCUAAGUAUCCAUAUGAUAUUAUCCUUACUCUCUCAUGGAGCAGAAGCUGAAACUUUUGAUGAACUGAUCAAUGGUAUUCGUUACCAUUAUAAGGAUUUAAUACAAGAUGCGUAUAAAUCUUUAAUAGCUCAACUGAAUGAGCUGACAACAGUUAAAUUAUAUAUUGCAAAUGCGGUAUGUAUUCAAAAUGGAUUUGAAUUACACACAGAAUUUUCAGCAAUAGCAGCAGAAGCUUAUCAAUCUGAAAUUAUGAGUAUAGACUUUAAGCACAGUAAAGAUGCAGCUAUGAAAAUCAACACGUGGAUUAAAUCAAAAACAAAUGAUAAAAUAGCAGAUCUUGUAUCUUCAGAUAAUAUCGGCGAGGAUACGAAAUUGGUACUAAUAAAUGCAAUUUACUUUAAUGGUAAUUGGUUACAUAUGUUUGAUAAGCAAAAGACACAGAAUAGAGAAUUCUAUGUUGCUAAAGAUAAAAAAAAAUUAGUACCAACAAUGGUUAAUAAAUCCAACUACAAUUAUGGUAAAAUACCAACAUUGCAUGCAAAGUUUAUUGAAAUUCCAUACAAGAAUAUGGAUAUCAUAAUGACAAUAAUAUUACCCGACGAAGCAGAUGGUCUGACAAAUUUGCAAAGUAAUUUUUCAUUGGAAAUACUUAAAAAUGUCUCCCGAUCGAAUAGAGAAGUCAAAUUAUACCUUCCAAAAUUUAAAAUAGAGUUUACCGUAGACUUGGAAACUAUUUUACGUACGCUCCACGUAAAUAAAAUGUUUGAAGAUAAUGCCAAUUUCAAUCGCAUUUCGAAUAAACCAUUGAAAGUUAGCAAAAUUUUGCAUAAAGCGAUAAUAGAAGUUGACGAAACAGGUACCGAAGCUGCAGCCGCAACAGUUACUAAUAUGAGAUUUUGUCGAAUGGUAAGCUUACCGGAAGAAUUCAUUGUCGAUCGGCCUUUCAUGUUUAUAAUUGAGCAUAAACAAAAUAAUAUACCACUUUUCAUUGGAAAUGUGAGAGAUAUAAAAGUCACAUCUCAAAAAGACGAGUUAUAAGU